GCAAAUGUGGAGAUCAUCCCGGCUACUCGUGACACUUGCCCAUGCCACCACAAGCAAUGAACAUCUCUUAUUUCAUCUCUCCUAUUCUCAUCACUCAGGCACCCCAACAUUGCUUCCAGUUGAAGCAGUAAUUCACAAGACCAUAAGAUGUAAAAGAAGAAUUAGGCCAUUUGGCCCAUCUGAUCUGCUUCACAAUUCAAACAUGGCUGAUUUGUUUCAUUUUCUCAAGCCCAUUCGCCCAUAAAACUUUACCCCCAUCCAAUCAAAAACCUAUCAAUCUCUGUUAAAUACACCCAAUAACUUGAGCUCUGCAGCCCUCUGUGGCAAUGAAUUCCACAGAUCGACCUCCAUCUGGGACAUCUCUUUAUUCCGACUCGUACCCUCUGACCCUAGACUCUCCUACUAAUGGAAGCAUUCCUUCCAUUCUAUUCAGGCCUUUUAGAAUUUGAAGGUUUCAAUAAAACACUUCCUCAUUUUUCUGACUCCAUUGAGUACAGGGUCAGAGCCAUCAAAUAUUCUUCACUCUUUCAUUCCUUGGAUUGUUCCUGUGACCCUCUUCAGGGUCAGCACAUCUUUCUGUUGACAUGGUGUGCAAAAUAUGGCACUUCUUCCAAUUUACUAUACUGAGCUCAAUUUCACAAAGUGAUCUCCUGUAGUUUGGAGCAGAAAACACAGAUUGGGUGACAGUUUUCCACAACACCUACGUUCAAUCUUUCAGUUACCUGUUCCUUUCAUUCUCCAUCCCAGUCCCACUCUAAUGUGUGCCUUUAGCCUUUUGUGUGGUUACCUGGACUAGCAUGGUCAGUACCAGGUCACAGAUAUUCCCCUUGUCCUCCCCCCAUUCCAGUUCUGAAGAAGGGUGAUGGACUGCUUCUCCUUCCACAUACACUGCCUGGCCUACUGCGUGCUUACACAAAUUCCGGUUGUAUCAUCCGGUGUUCUCUGUUUCACCGACCUUGUUUGUGAGGCCCUGGAACUAACUCCUGUGACAUUCAUUGCAGUUUGCCAAUGAGAAAAAGCUAUAUGUACUUCUACUGUUUGUCCCUGUUGGCCAGCCAAUCAUUUCUCCAUGCCACUGCAAGCAUUUAUAUUCUACAGUCAUAUUUUGAGAAGGCACCAUAUCUUUCACCUAAUUUUACUAAAAUUGAAUAGGGGCUGGUCGCUCGGUGUCUCAUCCUGCCCUGCUACUCAGUAUGCUGAAGAAUGACUUGUGCUGGGCCUCAUCUCCUCUUCCAUUUCAGACGAAGUAUCCUCCUUCAUAUCUCCCUUCUGAGCAUUUUCAAAUCGCCCUGCUAAAUUCCACAGAUACAAAACAUCACCUGAAAGUUAAGUUUAUUGUCAGAUAUCAGCGGGAAGGUAGUCUCCGAGUUGUAUACUGCAUACAUAAUUUGAUAAUAAGUGUACGAUGAUCCUUUGAGAUGCUUGUAAGCACAAGUGAAAUGAAAAACUUGCAGCGGCAUCACUGGUGUCUAGCAUCAGAUGGGCAGCAUUCACUGAAAAAAAUCUUAAAUGAUAACUUUUACAAGAAUAUUGUUGGGGCUAUCAUUGGGUCAAAAGAUGGAGCCAUCAUUUCAGGAAACAGGAAUUUUCUUUGCACUCUCUACCUGGGGCCCACGGACCCUCGGUUAAUGGUAGGGGUCCAUGGCAUAGAAACGGUUGGAAACCCCUGGUCCACAGAACAGUGGGUCUUCCUUUAGGUACAGAAAACGCAAUGACACGCUGUGUUGUAGGUGUGAUCUCAUGACUGCAGUCAGAUUUUCUCUAGUCCUGUACUCAAACCCUGCUGCAGUGAAGGCUAACAUACUGCUUGCCUUCCUGAUUGCUUGUUACACUAACAGCUUAAAUGUUUCUAACGUUCAGAUGCAGAGAUGAGAGCAGAGUUAGUAUUGAUUGGUUCUUGAUGGACAUAGAGGACUGAGGGUCUGUUUCUGUGCUGUGUGACUAUAAAUAUCAGGCAUUGUGGAAUCCAGCAUCACCCCAACAUUUUUCACUUGAGAGUAAUGGUAAGGUUCAGGUAAGUAUUACAAGCCAUCUCUGGGUUACAAAUGGGUUCCAUUUUUACAGCUGUCCUUAGCCACAAAAUACAAAGAUCACUUGAAACGGUAACCCUACUUCCGCACUGCUGUAAUGGGUGGUAUUGAGGGCCUGGUAUAGCAUUUAUGUAGUGUCUUCCCUGCCUAGUCAUGAUGGUGCAGAGUCAGUAUAACCCACUUUCAAAGGCUGGUUUCAUUGGGCUUGAGUCAACAGUGGAUAUUACAUUUGUCUCGUAGAAUAUCAGCGGAAGUGAUAGCUUGCAAAUUUCCAAAGCAACUCUCUGAAGUGGCUUCCUGCACUGUAAUCUUAAGGCAACAGUCUCUGGUUGCAGUGGAGAGGUUACGUGCGUGGUGAACUACGUGUGCCUGUCUGGACACGCCCCCUGCUGACUGCUCCUGUGGCUCCUCCCACAGACCCCUGUAUAAAGGCGAUUGAGGCCUGAGCCCGGCCUCUCAGUCUCCAGGAUGUAGUAUGGUGGUCACUCACUGCUCGUUCCUUCUUCCAGUCAAUAAAAGCCGAUAUCUUGCCUUACGUCUCAGAAUUUAUUUCUACAUGGCUUCACCACCCGAAAUGGUGGCAUAUCUUACUUACCGGGCAUGAGCUCCUUAAACCUCUUCAACAGCUUGAAGCGAAGGGACCCAGUGGCUGUGGUGAAUGAAAAUAUCCAGCGCUUGGCCCGGAACGCAGGCUUUAACGCACAGACCUUCUACCUCGCCAAGGUGAGCCAUGGCAACACCAUCUGGACCGUUGGGAAGAAUGAACCCCAAAGCUACGAUGGGAUUGUGACCAACCAGAAAGGCAUCACCAUAGCAGCACCGGGAGCCGACUGCAUCCCUCUCCUGUUUGCAGACCCCGUCCAACAAGUGUGUGGAGCCGCGCACGCAGGGUGGAAGGGCACGCUGGCGGGGGUCGCCACGGCCACGGUGGACACGAUGGUGGCCGAGUUUGGCAGCAGCGUGAAGGACGUGCGGGUGGUGCUGGGCCCCUCGGUGGGUCGCUGCUGCUUCAUGCUCCACCGGGAGGCAGCCCGAGGCUUCGCGGCCAUCGACCCCGGCUGUGUGGAAGAUCCCAGUGCUGCCCGGUCACACGUUGACCUCAGGCGAGCCAGCAGGGUCUUGCUGGAACGUGCAGGGAUUCUGCCAGAGAACAUUGGCGACGAUUCACCAGGCAGCAGAGACACAAAGACCACACUCUGCACCGUGUGCCAUCCAGACUUGUUCUUUUCUUACAUUCGAGAUGGAAGCAACUUUGGAACUCAGAUUGGUUUUAUCUCUGUCAGGGACCAUCUGUAACCCACUCAGGAACAACAUUGGCUACUCCAGGACUUUGCGUGUGGCUGUAGAUGGUGCAGAGAUCUCGGUUUUGAAUGACGUCACGAGCAAGGUCUGAAUUUAUUGCCCUGGAGAAGGUGGUGGUGAGCUCCCGUCUGGAAGAUGCUACCACUCUGGGAUUGGGAAGGAGUUCCAGGUUUUAGGCUCAGUGACAAUGAACGAACGGCAAUUUAUUGUUUGUCCAAGUUAGUUGAUGGUGUUCACUGCCCUUGGUAAAGGUCACGGGUUUGGGAGAUGCUGUUGGCAGAACCUGGGUGAGUAACUGUAGUGGAUUUUGUAGAUGGUUCAUUCUGAAGCUCCUGUGUGCUGUCAAUGGGCAGAGUACGCGGUGUGGGUUGCUUUGCCUGUAUGAGCUGCACCCAUCCAGGCUAGUGGAGAGAGUCCGUCACACUCCAUGUGGACGGCUUUGGGUGGCAGAGGUGAGUCAGUCACUGCAGGAUACUUGACCUCUGACCUGCUCUUAUUGCUAUGCUAAACGUGAUUGGUCCUGGACAUUGAUGAUGUCCGGGGCCUUGAUGGUAAUUGCAAGGAUGGUUUGACACUCAUGUUGAUGUUUGUGGCCAGUAGUGACAGUGAAGAUUUGUUUUUCCAGAAGCUAAUCUGCCAAGUUGACAACUGUCCUAUGCUGCUGCAGAUGAAUGAAUUCAGCCGACACGUUGUACCCAGUCUUUCAUCAUCCUUCUCCACGAACUGCCUUCAGCUGUUGUAAAUGGACUUUUAAAAUUGUAUUUAUAAAACACAUUCAGGAUUUUUGCGCAGGUGUUAAUAUUAUAGAAGAACAUUUUCAUGGUUUGAGUAUUUUUGGCUAGUGACCUUUGUCACCCUUCCCCAUUAAAAUGAGCACGUUCA